CUGUUGGGCCCGGUUCUGAGGUGUGUUAGAAAUAGUGGUUGUGGGCGGCAGGUUUGCAAACCAGCGAGGGAAAUCAAGUGAUAGUCGAGAAUUGACCGGUUUAAACGGUUGCCUGCCAUUGAUGCAGCCGGUAGUUACGAAAACCAAGUGACGGCAUUAUUUUAGGUUUACAAAAUUAUUUGUUAAAAAGUUAUAAAUUUAUUUUGAUUUAAAACCCUUGGGGCCUAAAACCCUAUGGUGGUGUUUGGCUUUUUGAGAAUUCACGAUUUCUCGGUUCUCAAACCCCAAAAGUCCUGAACAAAAUCCCCAUUAAACCCCUCCACAACUACCAGAGACGUCUGUUCAUCAAGCAAGCGACACAGCAGCUUACCAGCGACAUCGCGCCCUUCUUCUUCCACACUCCAACAGCGACAUCAGGUCCUUCUUCUUCUUCUUCCACGGCGGCCCUUCUUCUUCCACACUCCAACAGGUCGCAUUUACAAUCUAAAGGGUUCAAUGGCUAUAGAAAGAAAUCUAAUCGAAGAAGAAGGAUGCCUGCAUCGAUUCUACAGAAUUGUUCUUGGUUGGGACUACUAUCGUCUCCUCACAGAAUACUCUAAAGAUGGCAAAAGUAGUGUAAAAGAAAAGGAUUUGGGACUGAAACAGGUGAAGGAGACGUAUAAAGAUGUUGAUGAUUAUCUUGCUACGUUUGAGCCUCUUUUGUUUGAAGAAGUUAAAGCUCAGAUCAGACAAAGAAAAGAUGCGGAAGAAGGAGUUGAAAGCACUUGCAAUGGAACGGAAUGGAAGAUGGGUGUUGUAGUUCAAUGUCAUGAAACCGACGGGUUUCACUUAAUAGAAUUAUUCGGUGAAGACUGGAGUUUCGUAUCACAAAACGACCUGUUGCUACUAUCAAAUGAGAAGUUUGAAGUUGAUAAGCUUUCCACCGCUUACGCAUUUGCAUUGGUUGAGCAUCGCUUGCCAGAUAAGCUUAGACUCAGAUUGCACUUAGACGGAGAAAUAAAAAGAGUACAUACAAAUAAGGUCACUACCUCAAAAAGUCUUUCAAAAGUGCGUUCUCGUAUUACAGAACAAAAGUCGUGGUACAUACAGAAGAUCUGCAGUUUAUCAACCAUAGCUCGCGAAUAUGUUGCUAUGCGUUCAAUUAGCUUCUUGCCUUACAAAGACGUGAUUCUAAAAGCCGCUGAUAGCAUUCACAAUUCCGAAGAUGAAGCCUGGAAAAUUUCUAAGCCUCUUAUGGAAUAUAUCCAAACGAACCACAAUUCUACACAGCUGGAAGCUAUACGUGCAGGUCUUUCACGCAGAAAAUUUGUCCUGAUUCAGGGUCCACCUGGAACCGGAAAAACACAAACAAUUCUCGGGCUUCUUAGUGCCAUACUACACGCGACUCCCGCUCGCAUACAAAAUAAGGGUAAAAUAAGUGAAAUAAAACGUGGGCCAGAUCUACACAUUGAAGACAAAAAAAAGCAAUGGGCAAAAGCUUCUCCAUGGCUAACUGGAAUUAAUCCUCGAGAUGCAAAGAUGCCUGUAGAUGGUGAUGAUGGUUUUUUUCCCACUACUGGCAAUGAUCUAAAACCAGAAGUCGUUAAUUCCAACCGUAAAUACCGCGUGCGUGUUUUGGUGUGUGCUCCAUCAAACUCUGCACUUGACGAGAUUGUGUUGCGACUUUUAAGCACCGGCAUUCGUGAUGAAAAUGAUCAUGCUUACGCUCCUAAAAUUGUUCGGAUCGGUCUCAAGGCACAUCAUUCUGUUCAGGCUGUAUCUAUGGAUUAUUUGGUGGAACAAAAACUUGCAGGCAUGGAUUUCCAAACAGCUGACAAGCAAAAGCAAGGUGGUGGUGCAAGGGACAGAGACACUAUUCGUGCUUCAAUCAUGGAUGAGUCAGCAAUCGUUUUUUCCACUCUUAGUUUCAGUGGUUCAAGUCUUUUCACUAAACUUAACCGCAGUUUUGACAUCGUUGUCAUUGAUGAAGCUGCUCAAGCAGUGGAACCAGCAACACUAGUCCCCUUAGCCAGUGGAUGCAAACAAGUAUUUCUGGUUGGUGAUCCUGUUCAGUUGCCAGCAACGGUUAUUUCUCCUGUUGCUGAGAAGUUUGGUUACAGCAUGAGCCUGUUUAAAAGGUUUCAAAAGGCAGGAUAUCCAGUGCAGAUGCUGAAGACACAAUACCGGAUGCAUCCCGAGAUACGAAGCUUCCCUUCAAAAGAAUUUUAUGAUGGAGAAUUGGAAGAUGGAUCGGAUGUUAAAGACAGGACGAAGCGUUUGUGGCAUAAAUACCGUUGUUUUGGACCGUUUUGCUUUUUCGAUAUACAUGAAGGGGAGGAAAAACAACCUGAUGGAAGCGGAUCGUGGGUAAACGAUGACGAGGUUGACUUUGUGUUGCUAAUGUAUCAUAAACUGGUCAGCAGUUAUCCAGAACUUAAGUCAAGUUCCCGACUUGCAAUAAUAUCACCUUACAGACAUCAAGUGAAGCAAUUUCGUAGAAAGUUUAUGGAAAAGUUUGGUGUCGAUUCAGAGAAAGUUGUGGAUAUUAACACUGUGGAUGGUUUUCAGGGCCGAGAGAAAGACGUUGCAAUCUUUUCAUGUGUUAGGGCGAGUAAAGAGAGAGGUAUCGGAUUCGUGGCUGAUUUCCGUCGAAUGAAUGUUGGUAUAACUAGAGCAAGAGCUUCCGUCCUGGUGGUUGGUUCAGCCGAUGCACUGAGAAAAGACGAGCACUGGAAAAACCUCAUCACAAGUGCAGAGGAAAGAAAUUGUCUCUUCAAGGUUUCGAAGCCCUACGCCGACUUCUUUAAUGACGACAGCCUUGCAUCAAUGAGAGUAGAGGAGGCUGUACCAGAUGCCCCUGAUGACGUGGACCCUCUUUAUGAUCUUCCCCCUGAAAUUGAUCAUGCUCCACCAGAUGAUGAUUAUGGAGAUGAUGCUGGGGGAGAUGAUGGGGGCAUGGAUGACUAAUAGUUUUAUUUUUCUGAUGACAUGGACCCAUGCCAAUUUUAUUUUUUCUGUUUAAUUAUAGUAAUUUUAUUUUCUUUUAUAUCUUUUAAAAUACAUAUCUAUUUUUUGUCUACACUUAACUAUAGACUUUAUUAAAAAAUUGUAGUAUUCAAUAUAAUAUAUUUUUAGCCUAGAAA